ACCAGGAAGUAGAGCUGUGAGUUUCACUUUCACUCUAAACUUCAACCAAAAGCACCGAUGUAGCCACCCUUUAACGCCGCUUUGAACCCGCGUUUCUGUGCCUGAGUUCAUAACUUUUUCUAAACAACCAGAAUAUAGUGGUAAAUAAAUCAACAGCGAAGCAGGGCGGUAAUAUCCCUGCAGUUAACUCUACUCAUGCUCAGCAGCAGGGGGGUCAAGGAUGGAAGAUGCAGACCAAACCCGGUGGGGGGAACUGCUAAGGUGUCCGGUGUGUCAGGACACCUUCAAGGAUCCCCGCCAGCUGCCCUGUGGACACAGCAUGUGUCUGGACUGUCUGACCAACCUGCUGGACCACUCCACGGACUCACCUUUCCGCUGCCCGGACUGCAGGGCGGACUUUGGACAGGUCGUCGAGUUGCAGAAGAGCUAUGCCUUGGCCAGCAUCGCAGAGGACUUCAGGUUGAUCAAGAAGAGGAGGGAGACGCUGGCUGAAUGCGUCUACUGCGACUGCUGUCCCGAGACGAAAACCGCUGCCUUCAAGUCCUGCCUGAAGUGCGAGGUGUCGCUGUGCAGAGAGCACGCCAAGGACCACCUGGAGCUGCGGGCGUUCACCGGACACCCACUGGUCGAUCCGCUCAGCGACCUGCUGGAGAGGAAGUGCCCGGAGCACCGGGACCAGGUGCUGCGGUACUACUGCAGCUCGUCCAGGCGCUACGUCUGUAACAUGUGCGCCCUGGAGAGCAAGCGGCUCGGCUCGGCCUCGGACGCCUCCGCCGUCCUGCGGCGACAGCUAACUGACUACAUGGACCAGCACUUUAUGACUCUCCAGCAGCAAAUGAAAGAGUCUAUAGAUGCUGUAAGCAGCCAAUAUGAGAAACGGAAAGGAAACCCUCUUGAUCGUCUCAACGGCGUCACGGUGGUCCUGCUCUCUCUGUGGUUCAUAGUUCUCUACUACGCCUACAGCUACUCUGUGGAGAACCAGACGCUGUCGGACGCGCUGGAGAGGCAGCAGAGCCGUGUGCAUCACAUUUAUUCCAGCAUCGCAGGACACAUGGCUGAUCAUCCUCUGAAGAGGCUUUCAGAAGACAAAGACGAAGGGACUGUCAUGUUGGACCUGGACACCGCCAGUCGUCUCCUUGGACUUUCUGCUGACCUCCGGACAGUGGAGAGAGUCAGAGCGGCGCUGCAUUAUCCCAACAGCGACGGCCGCUUCGACCAAGCCCCGCAGGUGCUCUCCGCCCCGUGCUUCUCCUCCGGCGCCCACGUCUGGGAGGUGGAGGCCGAGGGCUGCUGGGACAUCGCCGUCUCCUACCGGAGCGUCCCGCGAAGGAGCAGAGACGGCAGCAGCGCAUUCGGACACAACUCGGAAUCGUGGAGCCUGUCCCACAGCGGGCAGGGCGAGCUGUUCGCCUUCCACGACAGACACAGAACGGCUCUGUCCGGACCGUUGCGCAGCAGCAGAAUAGCGGUGGAGGUGAACUUUGAGGAAGGCAGAAUCGGCUUUAGCGCCGUGGGCUCCACCGAGACGCUGCUGUACGAGUUCAAGGCGGAGCUGACGCAGCCUGUGUGUUUGGGUUUGGGCCUCCAUCACGUCGACCCGCCCAGCAGAGCCUCCAUUGUGAAGGUUUCAUGAAAGCAAUAAGACACAAACUACAUGGAGCCUGGUGGCCUUGCGCUUCAUUACAGCUCAGGAACAAAUAUUAAAAUAAAGAGGUUUUUGAUUGUAUAAGUAGAUAUUUCUGGGUUUUGAUUUUUCACAAUAUGAAUGUUAAGUUUUACGACGGAGCUAAGAAAAUAAAAUUAAAACAAGAAUUUAUUUUUUAUAAUGGACCAAGGUUUUUUUUUUUUUUAAGCAUUUCAAAGUUGUUUUAAUAAAGUUACAAGGUUUUACUUUGAGAAUAAUCUAAUUCACUUUCUAAGGAAUUCUUUAAAUCACUGUUUGAUUGACUUUAUGUAUACAAUAGUGAUGAUGGAGUAUUAGGGCCAUACUAAGAAAAAAUCAAAUAAAAUUACGAGAAUAAAGUCAUAAUUUAACGUUAGUAAAGUUGAAAUAAUACGAGAAUGAAGUUGUAGCAUUACCAGAACAAAGUAACAUUACCAAUUUAUUCUCGUAAUAUGACUUUAUUCUCAUAUUGUUACUUUUUGUAUUAUUUUGACUUUAUUGUAAUUUUUAAUAGCCGUAACAGUCAUAAACAAAACACAGAACACUUGACACAAAAAGUUUUUCAAAUUAUAAUGAUUUAAAGAAUUCAUAAGAAAAUUAAUUAGAUUAGUCUGAAAGUAAAAUCUUGUAAUUUUAUCUAAACAACUUUGAAAAUCCUGGGUUCCGUUUCACAAAAAGAAAUUCUCGUCAUCUGAUAGUGUUAUCAGAUAACCAAACAAUUCUUGUGGGAUAUCAGAUAAAUUAUUCCUGAUUCCAGCCUGAAGCGUUGGGAUCAAGUCACAGGAAGGAAAACCAGGAUGGGGGUUUGAGAACUAAACACUUUUUUCCCUCCCAAAGGAAUUUAUCUGUUUCAGUUCAUCCAGGAAUGACCUCUGACCUUCUGAGAGGCAGUAAAUUGCAAAACUGUCCAAACAAGCCCUCUCGACCAUAAACCCACACAAUUAGAAGUGCUACACUGCUGAGGAAGUUGAAGUAUAAAACUUGUCUCCAUCUUGGAUGUGAAACUAUGCUUACUACCAACUCACUGCUUUCACAUGGUCCUAAUGGGUUCAAGAAGUUUACAUGUGCAGGGAAAACCUUCAAAACUAAGAAGGUUGAUUCAAAUUUAAAAUAUUAAUGGAAAAGGGUGGAGGAAGGAGAGACCGUAGUUACGUCUGGAGACGUCUGCUCCAUUGGCUUACAAUUGGGAUAAAGUUUGUACUGGCUUUUGUAUUUAUUUUUCUCAUCCAUCUUUUUUUUUUUUUCUUACAGUAAACCGUUUCAGGUUGAUUUUUAAGGAAGUUGUUUAUGAAAACUAUCUCCGGCGGUGAACCUGCAGCCUGAUUUGUUUUGUGCGGUGAAAGGCCAUCCGCCCACGGCAGGAAGAAAUCAUCUGCCCAGAACUCAAAUUUAAAACGUGCAUAACUCCAGAAAUGCAUAAGAGAAAUAUUCAUUCUAUGUUAUGUAUCCAUUAUGCUGUUUCAAACUGUCUGGUUUAUAUCUAUCUAAAGUUUUAAACAGCGUAAUAGUUUUGACGAGAACCGACAGGCUCCGUAAUUCGCUUCCGGAGAUUUAGAGGGAACCUUUCAUCCUGAAAAAAUGUAAUUUAAAACAAAUAAAGAAUCAAAUGGU